CUCAAAAUGUUUUAUUUUUAUUAAUUGAAUGAAUUAAAGGUCUUAACAGUGUACAAAGACAAAAUUUUUGUUUCUUUUAAGAAUAUUUUUAUAGGAGAGUAUUCUCGAAAAAAAUACUCAAUAAUAAUCCGCUUAGUAGGGAUUCCCUAAGAGUCUGAUUUGAUUAAAUUUUUUGAUAUCAAUUUUAUGUUUGGAUUUACAAAACUUAAUUUGAUUUUGCAUUAAACUUUAUCUAGUCGACAAUACUAAAACUAAUCUACAUAUUUUCUUCUUAUCUAAUAUAUUAUACCUCAACAAAAUUUACUAAAUUUACUUUCUUUGUAUUAUCUACAUUCUACAUUUGUGAAUAUUUAAUAUUUCAGAUUUCCAAGAUGUCCGACGUAGUUAUUGUUGCCGCUAAGCGUACUCCAAUUGGAAACUUUAAUGGUGGAUUGGCAACUGUUCCUGCGCAUGACCUUGCAUCUGCUCUGAUCAAAGAUUUGCUUGAUGUUACCGGUGUACCAUUAAAUGAUGUGUCAGAGGUCAUCCUAGGUCAAGUUCUAGCGGCAGGUCAAGGACAGAAUCCAGCAAGACAGGCUAGUAGGAAUGCUGGUUUACCUGACACUGUGCCAGCUAUGGGGGUCAACAUGGUCUGUGGGUCAGGACUCCGAGCUGUGGCGUUGGCAGCCCAGAGUAUCCAGACCGGAGACAACAAGAUCGUAUUUGCCGGAGGGAUGGAGUCCAUGAGCUGUAGUCGGCACUGUAUUCAUGCUAGACCCGGAGUCAAGUUCGGAGAUGUUUCAAUGGAGGAUACUUUACUCAAGGAUGGAUUAACCGAUGCCUUCCACCUUUACCACAUGGGCAUUACUGCAGAGAAUGUGGCAAGCAAAUUCGGUAUCACAAGGGCUGAGCAGGAUGAGUUGGCCGCCAAGUCCCAAGAAAAGGCCGGUCAAGCCAUAGCUGCUGGAACAUUUAAGGAAGAGAUUGUUCCAGUUUCUGUUCCAGGCAGGAAGGGUCCAACUAUCGUUAGUGAAGAUGAAUUUCCCCGUCCUGAGACAUCUGUUGAGAGUUUAUCAAAGCUUCGUCCAGCCUUUAUCAAGGACGCCUCGGGCACAGUAACCGCUGGGAACGCUUCAGGGAUUAACGACGGUGCUGCUGUUGUACUGUUAAUGUCAUCAGCUGAUGCCAGUGCACGUGGUUUGACGCCAUUUUGUAGAAUAGUUUCGUCCGCAACAGCUGGUGUGGAACCAGCGCUAAUGGGAACAGGGCCUGUGCCAGCAGUAAGAAGCGCUUUGGCUAAGGCGCACUGGAAUAUUGAAGAUGUAGAUCUAUUUGAACUAAACGAGGCAUUUGCCGCCCAGGCGCUUGCUGUUCAGAGGGAGCUGGGAGUUCAAGAGGACAAGGUGAACGUUAAUGGAGGUUCUAUUGCGCUCGGUCAUCCGAUCGGAGCUUCAGGUGCUCGCAUACUUGUCACACUUGUUCAUGCGCUUAAGAAGCGCGGCGCUAAAAAAGGAUGCGCAGCGCUUUGUAUCGGCGGUGGAAUGGGGAUUGCAAUGUGUGUGGAAGCGCUUUAAGACGUGGAAUGUGCGCAUUGCGCAAUGAAGAUUAUAGUAUUAUCUAGAAUGCUCAACUUGUUUGUAAAAAUCCGCAGAAAGAUAUUGGAAUAUUUUUAUACUGAGUACCGUAAUUAA